ACACUGCACAGCCAGCACGUGUAGGAGACGGAGACAUUAUUUUUUUGUUUGACUUGAAAGUUUGCCUAAGCAUCAUAUAAAAGCAAACAUGGUCAGUUCCAAAGAAGCUGACAAGACCCGGCCGCCCCGUCCAAAGUCGAACUUAAAGCCUGGCAACAAGAAAUCAAAUGAUAAGUUAAAAUCCGCACCGAACUUUGCCAAAAAGUCAGACGGUGGUCAUAACAAAUUUGCUGGCAAACCUGUGUGCAGUGGAGAGCCCGAGAAGCAGGACUGGAACAAGUUCAAGCAGGAGAAAAAGGAGCUCAAGCUGAAGCGAAAGAGCACCCGCGACACCUACGAGAUCACCAAGGAGGCCAAGCAGAUAUACGAGAAGCUCCGAUGCCGCAAAACCGAGAACAAGGACCAGCUGGUGGAGCAAAUGUUCAAGAUUCUCAAUGUGGGGGACACCAUUUCGAAGAUAGUCAAAGCUCACGACACAGCCAGGGUGCUCCAGUGCAUGCUGAAGCAUGCCACACCGGCGCUUCGUGUCGAAAUAUCCGACAAGCUGCUGCCCUUCGCCGUCGAGAUGUGCCAGUCGAAGUACGCUCAGUUUUGUGUCCAGCGUAUGCUUAAAUACGGCGCCCCAGCCACCAAAAGUAAGCUGGUGGACAGCCUCUUCGGGCACAUUGUCCGCCUGGCCGGACACAGCAUUGCCAGCGGUCUGCUGGAUAUCAUGUACCAGGGCGGCACGCGUGAGCAGCGCACGCAUAUGCGGCAGGAGUUCUACGGUGAUCUGUAUCGGAAGGCCAAGGAUUCGAGUGUGAAAACACUGAGCGACACCUACAAGGAGGCCACCAACAUGAAGGCCUCCAUUCUGGGCUCUGUCAAGGCCAAUCUGGAUCAUGUGGCCAAUAAAAAUCUGGUGGACAGCUCCCUGGUUCACUGCGUAAUGCUCGAGUAUCUGCGUGCCUGCGAGGAUGAGGAGGAGAAGCUGGAGGAGACGGUCACAGCAUUUGCCGCCCUUGUGCCGCACAUGCUCAGCACCAAGGAGGGCAGCGAGGCGGCCGUCAUUUGCUUCUACAAAUCAACUCCCAAAAAUCGUCGCGCCAUCAUCAAGAACAUUAAGGAGCAUCUGCUGAAGAUAGCCACCCACGAGCAUGGCCAUGUUUUCCUCAUCUCGCUGCUGAACGCCCUCGAUGACACAAAGGCCACCAAGAAGGCCAUUUACGAUCAUCUGCAUGGCGAUUUGAAGCAAUUGGUGGGCAAUCAAUACGGCCGCAGGGUGGUCCAAUGGCUGGUGGCACCGGGCGAUACCACCUGCUUCCACCCCACAUUCAUCCGCGUCAUCGAGGAGGGACUGGCGUUUGGAAAAAAAGAAAAGGAGACGCGUCGCAAGGAAAUAUUCGAACAGAUUGAGGCGCCCAUUGCCGAGGCCAUUGUGGAGGACGCUGCCUUCUGGCUGUCCAACAGUCACAUUGGCUUGGUCACAGCAGAUAUUCUGAAUCACAUCCAAGGUGUCUCCUAUCAAAAGGCUGUUGAAGCUCUCGCUCAAGUUGUGGUUCAGCCGGAUUGGCGCAUAACAGCGGACGCUGAUGGUGCACAGCCGUCACAGCAGAAGAAGGGCCAUCAGGAUGUGGAGGAUAUCAUUGCUGAGGCCACAAAGCAGCGCAAGAAACUGACCAAAAUCGAGGAAAGCAGUGACGACGAUGACGAUCAAUCAGAGCAGGAGAAGGAUAAACCUGACACAGAGGAAGCCGAAAAUGGCACUGUUAAGCCCAAAAGGGCCAAGAAAGAACCUAAACCUAAACCAGCAAAGGAAGAGCCAGCCAAGCCGCUGGUCAAGGGCAUCGAGGAGGCCGGCAUGCACAUUGUGCUUAAGAAGAUCCUCAAGAACGAUGGCAAGCAACAGGUCGAGGAGGGGCAAUCAUUUGGCGAACAGAUACUGAAACAUUUGACCAGCGAUGGGCUCAAGGCCUGGCUGUCGGUGAAUCGUGGCUGCUUCGUCUUGCUGAAGCUUGUCGAGGAGCGACCCCAACUGCUGGAAACUUGCCGCACGGCCAUCCAGGCCGAGCCGGAGGUCAGCCAGCUGCUGAGAAGCCAGAAGAAUCUGGGGGCCAAGCUACUGGCCGGCAAACUGAACAUUGGCAAAUGAAAAUCAAUUCGCAACUAAAGUUCUUAGUUUUUAGAUGAA